AUGUCUCUGAGAGGUCUAACAUACUUUGACCAACAUUUUCUUCUUUCGAAUCGACUAUUGCAAUUUCUAAUACGCAUACGCCCCGAACAAAAUACGAAUGAUCAGUUCUUUUUGUUUUGUGCUGUAACCGUUUACGUAUCGCCAAUGAUAUUACAUCAGUUUUAUCAGCUUUUCAUGUCGGACUUCAAUCUACAAUCGACUAUAAGAGUUCUGGAAACAAUGAUACCUGGUCUAUUUGUCGUCUAUUGUUAUUUUAGCGUUUACUUUGAUUUACUAACAGUGAAAUUAUUGUACGUUCAUUUUAAACUUGAUUAUGAGGUGCUAUCGGACGAGGAGGAAUUAAACAUUAUGAAAAAGUACACAAGCCGAAGCAAAUUAUAUGUGUAUCUUAUAGUGGUUCUCAUCGUUCUCUAUGUUAUUUCAAUAACGUUUCCAAGUAUAAUAAACGUUUUUCUCUAUAUUUUUGGAACAUCGGAUGAUAUUAAUUUAACAUUACCUUUUCCCGUAAAUAAUGUUUUAAAUGCGGGAUUGAUAUAUUACAGUUUACUUAUUUAUCAAAUAAUAGCACUCUUUAUAAUAGGAAUAAUAGGAAGUGCGUGUUAUUCAUUGUAUUGGGUAUUAAUACAACACGUAUGUGGUCAGUUUAGCGUUAUAAUGUGGAAAAUACAUCGACCUUUUAAAAAUGACAAAAAACAUAUAGAAAAUGAUUGGUGUAAUACAACAUCUUUGGAAGAGUGGAAUUGGAUAAUCGAUAUAAUUAAGUGUUAUACAAGAAUCACGGAGUAUACGAUAAUGCAAUAUACUUUUACAUAUGUUAUUAAGAACAAUAUGGUGAAUACAUGA